AUGGAGGCUCCAGCUUCAGGGUCAUGGAUAUGGUGCCAUUUACUCAAAUUGCGAAGCACUGCACGUCCAUUGCAUCGUAUGAAGGUGAAUGAUGGGGAGAGCACAUCGUUUUGGUAUGAUGCUUGGAGUGACCUGGAUCCAUUAGUUGAGCUUGCUGGGGUAUCGGGGUUUAUCGCACUUGGGAUAUCUCCGUCUGCAUCUGUUGCUUCGGUUAUACGAUCUCAUCGAAGCAGGAGACAUCGACGUGAUGAUCUGAACUCGAUUGAAGAUAUUAUCUCUUUGGUUGCAGGGAAUUUAAAUCAGAAAAACGAUCACUCGCUCUGGAAAUCAAAAUCGGAUAAAUUCAGUUCUAAAUUCGUGUCAGAAACUACUUGGCACAACAUCUGGCACUCAUCACCUCUACAGCGAUGGAGCUUUGCAGUUUGGUUUCCGGGGAAUACGCCCAAAUUCGCUUAUAUAACGUGGCUUGCUAUGCAGAAUCGACUGUCAACUGGGGAAAUAGUGAAACAAUGGGGACCUGGAAUGUCUACUCGGUGUGUGCUCUGUUUGAUGGCGAUCGAUUGUGGACCUACUCACGUCUUCGCGAUUGGCUGGGACGCGAUUGUUCCUUGCAAGGUACAUCUUUCAAGCCUCGCUUGUGACGAUAUGGAAGGAACGGAAUCGACGCAGACAUGGAGAAGGACCAACCUCUGCGCAAGCUCUGAUUCACACCCUGGAUAA